GUUCUAUGACGCUCCCAGCUUAACCUAUUCUGAGCAGAUCGAGAGAAGAGAGCAGUUGGACGAGAGGGAUGUCUCCUACUGGAGGAGGAGAGGCCAGGACUUCAGUGUCCUCCUGGAUUACGCCGAUGGCCGGGAGCUGAGAGCGUCCGCUAGCUUUCUGAAGGCCUCUGAGGUGGCAUGGAGGCCACAGGCCCUGAUAGCAGAGGACCACAGGGGGGAGAGGGAGAAGCAGCAACAGAAGCAGCUAUGGGAUGACACCCCCAUCUCCUGGCUGAGGGAAGCUGACGCGGCUCCUGGACAGCUGAGGGUAUUGACUGGGGUGACUGGGGAGCGGAAGUGCCAGAGCCUGGGCACAGAGGAGUGGAAGCCUGCAGUGGGGCUGGGGAGGCAGCUGUCGGAUGGGGAGGGCGAGAGGUGGGCUCAGGACCGGCAACACCGCCUGAGGACUCCAGAGAGCGCUGGUUCUAUCCUUCCCAGAACCAGAGGGAAGUCCCAGUCCCUCCCCAGAGUGCUGUCGCCUGAUGGAGCUACUGAACACACAGACACACAGUCCAGUUUGGUCAGUGUCCAGCUUCGACCGGGCCAGGUUGAUAGACAGAGAGUGAACAGCACCGUCUUUUCCGGGCCUUAUAGUAGGUAUUACCACAGCGCCGCAGUCGGCCGGGACCGGUGGGCCAGAAACAGUUGGCAAAGRGGCGGUCAUGUUGCACUUUUACCAAAGCCCAGGUUCAGCAGGCCUGUCAAGCCUCCGUCGUACGAGAUACACCAGCAGACUAGGGGUAGCCAGGAGAUGCUUUCUGUAGCUGUAGUAGAUGAACAGGGUGGGUCCAAACAACAGAAGGACAACAGGCCUAUCUAUCAUCCAAGGGGUGGAGAACUGCAGAGACAAGACUAUUUCGCACAACACUCCGCAAUCUUUGGCAUGGAGCCCCCCGGUUACAUCCCGCCCCCGUCUUAUAAGAGAGCCCCUCCCCCAAUCAGGGGAGGCCUAAUCAACCGCAAUGAAGUGGUGAACUAUAAGUGGAGGGGGGAGAUGCAGAUACAGAUGCAGAUGCCUGUGAGCUCAGAGGCGGGAAGGUGGUUUUCCAGACAGACAGGAGGGUCGUGGCUGGAACACUAUGGGGAUCGAGGUAUACCCUACAGGAAACAGGUUAACCCUAACCCAAAUCUUAACCCUGGAUACACCGAGGAACAUCUGGGGCAUGUUCACUAUUUACCCUUUGAUGAUCCGCGAGUGAGACACAUCUCAGGAGGGCCUGGCGGAAAUUCUCUCACUGACUCGGACAAGCUUAUCCGAAACAUCAACAAAGAGAUUCCCUGCGCUAAGGUUUUAGGACAAUCCACACAUGAUAGUGCCUUUUCCCCCCCACAUGGGCUAUCUCUCAAUACCGACAGCCGCAAGACAUCUGUCAAUGACAACGACGGUAGUAGUACUAGAUGGUGCCACAGGGGUUUAAUAAACAAAGGAAGUGUAGACAGUGUAGCUCCUGACCAGAGCUGUGGUAACUAUCCAACCGCUUUUCAGGUUAGACCGCCCCCUCAGCAGAUCAGGCUUGUGGACCAAGGUGUGUCAGAAACUGUGACUCAAGUGAAAAAGAAAGAGCCUGACUCCUCAGAGAAAGAGAAACCAAGAAAGCCUGACUCCUCAGAGAAAGAGAAACCAAGAAAGCCUGACUCCUCAGAGAAAGCAGAGAAAGUAGAGAAAAAGAGCGUAAAAAAGAAACUUAGCGAAACAAUAUUCUGUUUGGUGUCUGUUCCCAUCCCCCCAACGCCGGGCAGUACGUCCCAUGAUCAAAACAACAAUGAUGAGAAGCCGCCAAGCCCAGUCCGGCCACCAAGCCCAGUGGACAGUCCGAGCGAGAACAAAACUGGCCACUUAACAAACCAAAGUUUCCAAAGCACAUCUUCAGCAGAGGCUGAGCUGCAAGCACUAACCGGUAGCAUAGCAAGCAGCAGAUCAAGCAGCAAAAUAGUGAGAAAACUCCCCAUUAAACCCCCCAAAAUAAACCAUCACAAGGAGCUGAAACUCUCAGGAUCCUGGCCUGGGAACCAAUACCGUGACCAGGAGACUCAAACUAGCCCAGAGGCCAGAAAGCGUCAGCCUCCCCCUCCUCCUCCUCCAGGUCCUGAAAACAAGGAAGCACAAGACCCUCAAGUCCCUGCCCCAGGUUCCCCCGACCCAGGCGUCACCCCAGACCCCAGCGGUGUGGGCAGCACUGCAUUCAGCUAUCCCAUAAAAGGGGUGAAGAGCCUGAAACCAUCCAGCAACAGCGCCUUUUCCAGGACGGCCACUUUCUCAAUCUCCAGCCAGCUGAACAAGAGCACAGUUCAGCCGCCAGCAGCAGCGCCACCACCACCACCCUCAGGAAACACGAUGGAGGCCAAACCAGCAGCGGCCUGCAGUGGGCAGGAGGGCUUCGGUCAGUUCCUGCUGAAGCCCGUCAGCAGACGGCCAUGGGAUGCCAUUGAGGAGCUAGAGACUAUCAACAAAGAGCUCCAGGAUCAACAGCAACAACCACAGCAGCAGAGCAGCAAGAGGCCCAGUGUUGACCAGUGCAUCGAGGACCUCAACGAGGCCUACAAAGACAUCUUAGAGCUAGGCACUGCCAGCAAUAACGUUCCCAACAAUGGCGGCGCUGUGCAGAUCCCUGAGCGGAUCAAGAUAAGGCUGGCGGGGGAGGCGGGGCUCAGCAAACCCAGCAGCCUUAGGCGCAGUAUCGAGAGCUGGACUGUGUCCGUCGACCCAGAGUACAGGGAGGUCAAGAGCGCCUUCUCAAGACCCGCUGAAAGAAAGUCAGUGACAUUCAGCAAGCAGCUAAGAGAGGAGCUCCCUGUCCCGCCACGCGAUCCUACAGGAUUCAGAGAAUACAGGGUUGUUUCGAAUUUGUCACGGAGAAGUAGCUGCAGUGGCAGGUCGGUGAAGCUAGACCUCUCUUCGCCUUCGGAGACACCACCGCCUUGUGACUUUACCGCCCCUAGUGACUUUAUUGACUCUCCUAGGGAUCCCAGCGAGAUCAGAGACUUAAGCCCAACGACGCCAACGACGCACACGGCAGCAGAAGUCCCCUGGGCAGAUAGGCAGCCGAUGCAGGACGCCUCCACACUUACGAGUCCCCCUGAUUAUGAGGACAUAUGUCAGUCUUUACAAAAGACUCGAGACUCAACAGAAGUUAACAAAACUUUGACAGCCAAAUCUAAACUUGGUGGUGGUAGAGGCAAUACAGUGCCUCCAGGGGGCGCCGGUCUAGACUCCGAAGAGGAAUGCCCCAUUUGUAAAAAAGAGAGCGAGAGCCAGAUGUCCAGACCAAGCCCAAUGUCUCCGCUCCAUGAGGAGUCAAGCCCAGACUUGUCUGAUCAAAGUAGCGCCACGAUCGUCGGUGACAGUGGUAGUCCACAAGGAGCUGAAACAUAUGAAGAACCAGCUGAGGACGAAGUAGACACACAGCUAUCCUCCGACUCUUGCUCGAAUCGUUCAGAGGCUCAGACUCUGUGUCAAGAUUGGAGGGAGCAGCUGUCACUCACAGAUGAUAAGAAUGUGGGUGGGAGUGCUACUGCUGAGAAGACCAAUCAAAACCAAGCAACCAAGGAUCUCAACAAUCUAUACGAAGUGAAAUGUGCCGAGGGCAUCCCAGAGAACGAAUCCAUAGAGGAGAGGGCAGCCAGGAUAUUAGGGAUUGAUGUGCCUGCAGAGUCUUUAGUUACAGAGGAGCGGAGGGCUAGAGAGCCAGCAACAGAUGAGAUUGAAUUAAGAGAGAGUGAACCCACUGCUGGAGAAGAUCCAGAAAGAAGCAGUGCAAACGAACAGACAUUACAAACACAUGUGAGAGCUACAGAGUCUGGGGAACUGCGGUCUACAGCGUCUACGGUUCCUGACAGUGGGCAGGAGUUACAAGAAAACAAGCCGCCACAGGAUACCCCAGAGCGCAUCAGGAGUGCCAAAUGGACCCAACUGGGUCGAGAAACUCCAGGUAUGCUGGAGUUUCCGCCAGACAGACUACCACUUUCAGUCCCCAUGAACCCCGACCAGAAGCUGUCUCACAGUCUGGAGGGAGAGAGGAGGGGCAGAGGUGCCUCACAGCACAUAGAGGCCCUGCAGGACAAGCUAGCUGCCUCGCCCAGCCACCAGGUGGCGAUAGAGCGGCUGGCUCGGAUGAAGGUGGUGGACUCGGUGUCCCGCAUGAGUCUCAGCAUCAGGAGCACAGACUCUGGGGAGGUGGAGGAGGUGGACGGGGAGACGGAGGGGGAGGCCAGCGGUGGCGUUGAACAAGUGGAAGAGAGCGCUGUCCUCCCUGCUCCCUCCCAGAGUGACACAGUGGACGAUAGAGAGGUCAAGCUAGAGGACGAUCGAGAGGCCUCUGAAGAUACAGUGUUGCAAGAUGAGGAGGUGUCAUCUGUCUCGGAGGCCUGAGACCCAAGCCCAGUGGAUUAAAGUGGAGAGAGACUGAGACGCCCGUCAUCUUUCUCCAUCUGAGGUUUAGCUCCCUCCAACACUGUGACCUGGCUGCCCACUAGAAUGCCUUCAUCUCAUCCCAAACACAGAAACGGCCUUCUCCGACAACAGCAUUGUGUACACCCUCACCCUCGGCGUCGUUGAGUGCUAAGAGUGUUCCACUGCCAAAAGGGAGGUGUUCCCCCACCUAGGGGUAGCUUCCAACUAACCCCCCUCCUCCCCUUUAUCUCCCCUCAACCCAUCCUCUAAUUGGGGUUCUACUAGGAUGCGGCCCAAAUGGCACCCUACUUCCUAUGUAGUGCACGACUUUUGUAACCCUACUUCCAAUGUAGUGCACUACUUUUGACCAGGGCCCUUUUUGACCAGGGCCCAGAAAGUAGUGCACUACAUAGGGAAUAGGGUGCCAUUUCGGACUGAAUUCCUAGGCUUCUGGUAGUGGCUUGUCCUUUCUCCUUUCUUAUUCUACCCUCCCAGAUGCUUUUCAUUGGCAGACAUUAUGCAAUUCUGUCAAGCGUAUAACAACUUCAAAUAUGUUGAAAUCGAAUACCGUUAGUUGACUCAUCGUUAACAUGCUGUAUGAUUCUGUUUGUUUAUGGGCGAGCUGUUUAGAUAUAAAUGUAAGUACUUACGUUUUACACAACAAGGACACAUAGGGAGAAUAUUCAUCAUAAAAGCUGUUCCGUUACAUUCAGUGUCGAUUACACCAAAAUAGUUACAUUUUAUUGUUAUUAUGGAGAGUUGAGAAGAAAUAUAUUAUAUUGGACGUCAAUGUCUUUGGCUCGAGAAACUGUUUUCAUUUUCAGAUUAAUCGAUCAAUCGAUCAGUCUAUUAUUCUUUUUGAUACACUGUGGCCUGUCUGUCUCGUCGCUUUCCCGCACACUGUAAUCAUAACCCAUAAAGCUCUUCAAUGAAGAGUCACUCUAUACCUACUUUGUGGCAUAAUGGUAAAUCAGUGAUAUGUAUUCUGAGGCAUUGGUUCUUCUACAUUAUGGGGGGAAGGGAGUUGACUAGCCUGUGUGAAAGUCUGUUUGUGCUAUCAUGUCAACUCCUUGUCACUCAUUGGCUUUCAGGGUUGGGAUCAAUUCCAUUUCAAUUCCAGUCUAUUCAGAAAGUAAACAACAUUUCCUAAUUAAAAAUGAUUUCAGUGUACUUCCUGAAUUGACUGGAAUUGAAAAGAAAUUGACCCCAACCCUGUUGGAUUGACAAUGAGCAUUGGACUUGUCAAGAGCACAAACAAAUCUAGGACCAGGCUAGGAGUUGCCAUCUGUAUCCAUAAAUGUGCAUUUAUAAGCUGGGUCAGGAUAUAUAAGAUCAUUCUGGGUAGUCAACGUAAAUGUUGUAAAAAAUCUGGUGUAUAGCUCGAUUUCCCAGGUCGUUUCAGGAAGCAAUAAUGGCAUGGAGUGUGGCAGUUUAAGUUGUAAACAAGAAUUAUAUGGACAAGAUAGAGCAAUAUUGUCAUACAAACAGCUGUGGCUUAGUCAGUGGAGCUGGGAAACAUUGUCAGGAAUCUUGUUGUGUACGUACCCAAAUGGCACCCUAUUCCCUAUAUAGUGCACUACUUUUGACCAGAGCCCCAUGAGUCAUGGUCAAGAGUAGUGCACAAAAUAGUCAAUGGGUUGCCAUUUGGGAUGUAACACUUUAACAAGUCAUCGUUUUAAUCUUCGUUUUAAAAUGUGUCAGAAUUGACUGGGUGUAGGUGGGUGCUUAUUUCAUUGGAAAUAUCAGUGGCCAUACUUGUGUAUCAUGUGAAGAGACUACGGCCAUGUCUGACAUGGCACUCUAUUCACUAUAUAGUGRACUACCUUCGACCAGGGCCUAUAGAGCUCUGGUAAAAAGUAGUGCAAUAUAUAGGGAAUAGGGUGCCAUUUUAGACGCAGCCUACAUUUCACUGAAUAUGUAUUUUUGUUAUCAUUGAAUUGUUAACCAGUUUGCAUAAUGUACAAAAUAAAGUAUAUUUUAACUAUUUUAA